AUUGCACGUGGAUACCUCAUGGAAGAAUGCGUGACUUUCUGCUCAAGAUAUCUCGGAGACAUAGAGACCAAAGAGAACCGGGCUGCUCGAGGGGAGGAGGACGGGACACAACACGGGAAAGGAUUGUUUGGUUCUAGGUUCAAUCUUGAUUACAAUACGAUGCACCAAAUUCAUUGCUACAUCCUAGGAAAUAUAGAUGAAAUCAGUCCGUUGCGAAGGAUUCACCUUGAUACUAUUAGGUCAUGUCGAACUCGCGCACCCCCACGUGAGGUGCACCAGCAGCACAACGAACAAUUUGCGUCUUGGUUUCAAUCAUAUGUAGAUGAUCCGACGAAUAAUGAUGAGUGCCCAAUCUCAGCGGAGAUCCGUGCAUUGGCGGGUGGACCAUUAUGCAAUGCAACACGGUACUCUUCGUGCAUUGUGUCAGGAAUACGCUAUCGUGUUCAAGACCGGGAUGCAAGGAAGAGGACACAGUGUGCAGGUGUUAUGGUUACGGCAGAUACAGUGAGUUAUGCCUCAGCUAGGGACCAUAACCCACGAGAAGGUUCCGUGGCAUAUUACGGGAUUCUUACGGACAUUGUGGAAGUGUACUAUAGCAAUCAACAGAAGUAUCUCCUUUUAAAAUGUGACUGGGUGGAUCUGGAGAGGGGCGUUAAAGAGGAUGAGUUCAAAUAUAAAUGUGUGAACUUUAAGUAUUUGAUGUACCCCAAGAACUUGCCCACGGAUGAGCCUUUCAUCUUAGCGACCCAAGCCUCUCAGGUGUGGUACAUUGCAGACCCGGUUGAUGAAGGUUGGAGCGUUGUCGUUCCGGUGUCACGGCGAGACACGUAUGAAGGAUCCCUAUUGUCAACAUCUCUUUCACCAUGUGUCCAAUCUUAUCUUUUUGCAAUUGAACAUAACGAUAAGGCCAUACGGACAUCGAACCAGAACCUGAUUAGAGUUUUCUACGAUGAUCAUUCUCGCAUCUUGGUGGUGAUCUUCCCGACUCCUCAAACUUGUCUGGAUACUGUUCUGGUACUUUCUUGCGAUCCACCCGGCCUACACUGUUGGCUGAAAUUGUUGAUAUGGCUCAUCGGGUCUACAUAA